AUGAUGGCUUGUCCGUCCCCUUGGCUCUCCGAGGAGGAUGAGAGUCUCAAAGGGUGUGAACUGUAUGUUCAUAAGCACAGCAUCCAGCAGGUGCUCAAAGAGUGUAUCGUGCACCUAUGCAUCGCCAAGCCGGACCGUCCCAUGAAAUUCCUGCGGGAAUACUUUGAAAAGUUGGAGAAGGAGGAGAACAAACAGAUCCUGGCUCGGCAGAAGUCCAGCUCCCAGUCGGACUCACAUGAGGAGGAGAUCUCUCCAAUGCCCCCGAACCCUGUGGUGAAGGCCCGCCGCCGCCGCGGGGGCGUGAGCGCCGAGGUAUACACGGAGGAGGAUGCCGUCUCCUACGUCCGAAAGGUGAUCCCCAAGGACUACAAGACGAUGACAGCCCUGGCCAAGGCCAUCUCCAAGAACGUGCUCUUCGCUCACCUCGAUGACAACGAGAGAAGUGACAUUUUUGAUGCCAUGUUCCCCGUCACCCACAUUGCUGGGGAGAUCGUCAUACAACAAGGGGAUGAAGGAGAUAAUUUCUAUGUAAUUGAUCAAGGAGAAGUAGACGUGUAUGUGAAUGGAGAGUGGGUGACCAGCAUCAGUGAGGGUGGCAGCUUCGGGGAACUCGCACUUAUCUAUGGCACCCCCAGGGCAGCCACGGUGAAGGCCAAGACGGACCUCAAGCUCUGGGGCAUCGACCGCGACAGCUACCGCCGCAUCCUCAUGGGCAGCACCCUCAGGAAGCGCAAGAUGUACGAGGAGUUCCUCAGCAAGGUCUCCAUCCUAGAGUCCCUGGAGAAGUGGGAGCGGUUGACAGUGGCCGAUGCCCUGGAGCCUGUGCAGUUUGAAGACGGAGAGAAGAUUGUGGUCCAGGGGGCUCCUGGGGACGACUUCUACAUCAUCACAGAGGGCACAGCAUCCGUGCUCCAGCGCCGGUCCCCCAACGAGGAGUACAUGGAGGUGGGGCGGCUCGGGCCCUCCGACUACUUCGGAGAGAUUGCGUUGCUGCUGAACCGGCCCCGUGCGGCCACCGUGGUGGCCCGGGGGCCCCUCAAGUGCGUGAAGCUGGACCGGCCACGCUUUGAGCGUGUGCUGGGGCCCUGCUCCGAAAUCCUCAAGAGGAACAUCCAGCGCUACAACAGCUUCAUCUCCCUCACCGUCUGA